AACUAAGCAGCCAAAUUUAAGUAACUCUGUUUUACUUUCUUCUAUCAACGUCACUUUAAGCAGAGAAUGUAUAUCAUAUGACAGAUACCAUCCACCUUCCUUUAAUUCUAUUCGUAAAUAGAUGUAAAGAAAUAAUGGAAUAAGAAAAUAUCGUAAUCAUAACGCAAUGGAUUACUUGGGUGACCAUAGUACUGGAACUGUGAAAAGGAAAAGUAUGUCAAAUUCGGCAAAAAUUCUUAUUGCUGCAACCGGUGGUGUUGGCAUUGGGUUAAGUGUCAUAUGUGCAUCUUUUGUAGCUCCUGCUUUUCGAAGAAUAUGUCUUCCAUAUGUUCCUGCCACCUCUGAGCAGGUUAGAAAUGUGCUCAGCUUCUUACCUAAGAACUCACAAAGCAAAUUAUUGGACAUAGGAUCUGGAGAUGGGCGAAUUGUUGUAGCGGCGGCUAAAAACGGACUAAAUGCAGAUGGUGUUGAACUCAAUCCCUGGUUGGUAUGGUUUUCGCGAAUAUCAGCUCUACGACAAGGUGUCUAUGGUAAAACACACUUUUAUAGACGUGAUUUGUGGAAAUAUAGCGUGACGCCGUAUGAAUAUAUUGUUAUAUUUGGUGUGGAACAGAUGAUGAAAGAUUUGGAAAAAAAGCUUAUUGUGGAGUCACCGGGAAAUGCCAAAAUUAUCGCAUGCAGGUUCCCACUGCCGAAUUUGCAACCACAACAUAUUAUUGAAGAAGGCGUUAACACUGUCUGGUAUUAUGACUUGGACAAGGCUAAGUCAACCGCCGAAAGAACUUUAAAAAACGCAAAAUGAACUGGAUAUAGCAAAUAGUUCAAAUUAAAAUGGAUUGAUAUAUCAGUCAUAGAGCAAUACCGAUGCUUAUUUACCGUGAGAUGAGUAUGAAUUCCGCAGUAUAUAAAUUUUAAGGACGCCGGUAUGUUAGCUGUUUUUAAUCAAAAUUGUAGUGGCUCACAAAGUGCCGGUUUCUUCGUAAAAUGAAUCGUAAUAAUUGUUCACAAAUUUGAGUUUUUUAUCUUGCCUUUUGAUUUGUUUUUCAACCCGUUGCGAGAUUCGCACACUUCGACGCAAUUUUAGUAAAAAAUUUGUCUGUGUUUGAGCUGACAGUUGCUAAAAACGUCGCCCAAGAUAGAUAAAUUUAUUUUCAGGGUCACGAUACACUUCAGUAAAUCCUACUUUUGCAUAAUGCUGUUGAAAGAUUUCAGAGUCCCUAAAAGACAAACGAACAUGAACACCAAAGCAUCCAUUCGAACGUAACGUGGCCAAAGUCACAGUUAUUAAACGCUUUAAAAGUCCAUAAUCCCGUAACAAUGCAUCCUUUAAGGCGGUGGCUGUUAGUAAAGCUGGAUAUGCGUUACUUACUUCAGCUGGACAUUGAUAUUCAUAAUUAUGAAAGUCACGUAUCAUUUCAGCAAUAAGCGCGUUAAGCUUAGAUGAAUGUCUCUGCGCACUUUCUGAGCCAUUUGCCACGUUAAUGAAGUUAUCUUUUUCCAGUAAAGAUUCGGAGUACUUUUCUUUCAUCGAUGGUAUCCAACAUACUUCCACAUUUCGCAUGAAUGUUUGAAUGUUUAAGGCAGCAGCUGCAUAACCAACAAUAGCAUUAGAAGCGUCAUGUGCAACCAUACAAAAGUGAGGAUAUAACGUGACAAAGUGUCCAACAAUAUUAUCCGCAAUAAGUUCACUCAAAUGACUGGGAAACAGUGAUUCGAAACAAGCGUCACUUUCGACUGGUCUCUCGUCCGAACCAUUUAAGCUUAGUUGCAAAAACGCCUGUGUACAAACUUGUCCCAAUUCAACUUCGUCAAUUGGUGUAUAGGGGCGUAUUAAAUGAUAGUCACUUGUCGGCAGUUCAGGUAGUUUAUAUAGAAACAGAUCAUUUCCAGAAUCCACAGGCAUCAGACGCUUCGAAAAGAACAAUAAUUUCAUAUAAAAGAUAAUUAAUAUAAUAAUAAUUGUUGAAAGGCUUACUUGCAAAUCAGCGGUAAGACCGCCACGAAAUACCCAAGGCUCUUGGUCGCCCGACAUGAAGGCCUCCUUCCAACCCUUGCUAAACCCUAUAAAUAGUUAACGUAAAGUACACCACAUAUAAAUAAAUGCACGUCCCUUUCCUUCCAUAUAUGUAUAUGCUUACAUGUGUAUGUACCCUGCGUGUAGGUUUGAACAUUAGUCGGAAAAUGACCCAGACUCAGCCAUUUCACGAAGGCAUUUAGUAGCGUCAAAGUACCAGCAAUGUCCCACACGUACGAAAAUAAAUCAUGACAUAUCUCCUUGUUCGCACAAUUAGCGAUUUUACGUAGCAGUUCGUGUACAGAAUUACAAUGAUUGGAGAAUGAUUCCGCUCGCUGCAUCCACUCGGCUACCUCUGGUUUGGGCGAUACUGCGCCAUCCGCAUUAGAACAUUUUCUAACAGCUUUGUCGUUACCUAGCAACACGUUCGCAUUCGCUUUUAACCAGUUGAAUUCAUUUAAUAGCUUUAAACCACGAUUUCCAUGCUCAAAUGGCAGAUAAAAGAGAUCACAUAGUAAGUAAAGAUCCUCCA